AUGGCACCUAUUGAGAUAGACGAGUGCUCCCCCGACCCCUGCACACAUGGCACCUGUCAGGACCUGGUCGCUGACUACACCUGUCACUGUCACCUGGGGUUUAUGGGAAGGAACUGCGACCAUCCCGUCCCAGGAUGCCUCGGGCCACUUCCCGAGGGUGCAUCGCCAUGGCAACACAACAUGACUGGGUCUGUGGUGACGGUGGAGUGGGGAUACGCUAAGGAGACGUGUAACACCUACGAGACGUGUUUCGGAGUGACAGGUGCCGCAGGUGAUGGUGUUCUACAGGUGCAACAGAGACCACUGGAGAUUCAGGAGGGCGUCAGGGUCAGAUUCCAGCCAGACAGUCAGGAGGUCCAGUUUGCUAUCCAGCCAUACAAGGUCUCCCGGGAGGGGUUUGAGAGGUGCAGUAUAGCACAGGGCAGGCCAACCACAGACAGCCCCACAGCAGUUCCAUUUCAGCUGGAUCCUAAGUUUCUAACCUUGGGCAGUAACUAUUUCAUAGUGAAUACGGACAGCCCGUUGUUCCGCUGUGACUUUGGGCUGAGGAUAAACAUCACGGUGAAGCCGAACCUGUGCAGACCAGACCAGCAACCGGGCAGCGACCGGUGCAGCAACCGGGGACACUGCCUGUCCAGGAGAACACAGGGAAGUUUCUACUGUGAGUGCUGUGAGGGGUACAUGGGGCAGUACUGUGAGGAGAUGGAUGGUUGCCAUGGCAACCCGUGUGAAAACGGUGCCACAUGUUUGGACAUUGAGGAUGAGCUGGGAGAUGGCAACUUCACAUGUAUCUGUCCACCAGGUAGGAGAGACACCUGGCAGUUACUGUUGGUGCUGCAGAGACGUUAUACGGGAACCAGCUGUUCAGAUAAGAUAGACUACUGUGCUGAGUCCCCCUGUCAGAACGGAGCCCAGUGCCUCAGUGUGGAGUAUGGACCUCAGUGUGUCUGCCUCACUGGUUUCACCGGUGACCUCUGCCAGUUGACCCUUGACCCAUGUGACAGUCGGCCGUGUCAGCACCAGGGUAUAUGCCAUAGUAACACGACUCACUACCAGUGCGAGUGUCCCCCUGGCGUUAGCGGGCAGAACUGCGAGAUAAAUGCUGAUGAGUGCGCGUCCAGCCCGUGCCGCCACGGAGUCUGUGUGGACAGGGUCAACGGCUACCAGUGCUACUGUGUGCCAGGUUUUAACGGGCACCACUGUGAACACGAGUACGAUGAAUGUCUCUCCGACCCCUGCCUCAACAAUGGAGCAUGUGUGGACUGA